AUGAAGUUUUCAACCAUUUUCAAAUACUCUGUGCUAGUAUCUCCGAUAUUGGCUAGAGAUAUUACUGAAGAUACUAUUCAACGUAAUACUAUUAAUUUAGCUAUUGAAGACUAUCAUAUUUAUCCUGACGUUUAUUGGUCUAUUAUCGAUAACACCUAUACCACCAUUGUUGGUAAUUUCAAUAAUGAAGGUCAAUUCUUCGUAUCUGCUGAUAGUAACUUUUUGUUUGGUUUAAAUGUUGACAUUGGUGGUCUUAUAACUGGUACCGGAACUUUUGAAAAUAGUGGAGAUGUUGCUUUCAACUCCAGUAGAACACUUCUUGCUCCUGAUUAUGACAUAGAUGUUGGUACUUUCACAAAUACUGGUAAUAUGUGGUUUGGUGCUGAUGGUUCCGUUGGUACUCCAGUCAUGAGUGUUACCGCUGGUACUUGGGAUAAUGAUGGUUUAAUGGUGUUUUCUUUAGCAUCAAGAAGUCAAGGGGUUGUCCAAUUGGGUGCCGUUAUUGGUUCUGGUUUUGGUGAUAUUACUAAUGAUGGUACUAUCUGUUUAAUCAACCAAGCUUAUCAACAAUCAACUGCCAUUCAAGGUAGUGGUUGUAUCGAUGUUGGUACCGAUUCUAAUGUUUACUUGUCAGGAUCUAUUGGGAGUCUUACCAAUGGGGUUGAUGAAGACCAAACUUUCUACUUAAGUUCAUCAAGUUCAUCCAUCAGAGCAGAUUCUCUCUCAACCAGUCAAACUUUUCACGUCGCGGGUUUUGGUGGAGGAAAUGUUAUUGGGCUCAGUAGUACUAUUGUAAGAGUUCAAUAUACCGGAGAUACUUUAAGACUUUACACUUCCCUUCUUCCUGCAAUUUACCAAAGUUUUGUUAUCGGUACUGGUUACGAUGCUAAUGGUUUCACUACUAUUUCUACCACUUAUGGUUACCUUGGAAGUUCUUUCCCACUCUUGAAUGCAGUUACGUACUCAGGUGCUAUUCCUGCUUCAGCUGCCAAACCAGCCAAAUGUUUGACUUGUCAAGCUUUCCCGUUGGUGCCAGGUAUUGAUAUUGAUAAUAGUUCAAGUAUGAGUUCCAGUGAAUCUUCAGCUUCAAGUGAAGAAUCAUCAGCUUCUAGUGAAUCAUCUGCCUCGAGUGAAUCAUCUGCCUCAAGUGAAGAAUCAUCAGCUUCUAGUGAAGAAUCUUCAGCUUCUAGUGAAUCUUCAGCUUCAAGUGAAGAAUCAUCCGCUUCA